AUGCAAAAAGCUUCGUUCAUGAAAGACGCUGGUAUGACGACGGACGUAUGUACAUGUUUAAAGAAGCUUUCCUUGUUUCUGCAAAAACAAGAUUGCAACAUUGCAGAUUGUCAAGGUGUCGUUAAAUCUACAAUUGAUGGCUUGGAGAAACUGAAAACAGAGUAGGUUUAAUUAAUUUAUAUAUGUAAUGUGUUUAACCUGGUCAUGCAGCUUGCAAAUAGAAAUGAUUAAUUCUAAUAUUAACACGUUUAGACCCGGUCCUAAAUUAGCUGAAUUGUUGCAAGCGGAAGUUUUCCACGGUGUACAGAUUGCAAAUCAGCUGCAUGAAGAUACAACAUUGGCCCAAUUCAAUGCUAUCAUAGCUGCGCUCCAAACUGCAAUUAAGUCCAGAAUCAGACCAUCUGAACUGGAUUGGCUUCCUGAAUCUGCACAAUUGGCCAGUCAAAGGAUGGAGAGGCAAGCAAUUGAAUUUCACUAGUCUAGACUUUUAAUUAAUAAUUAUUCAGUCCUAACUCCAGUCACUCCCAAGCAGCAUUAUUAUUACCCAUUACAAAACAAUGACCUUGUUUUAUUUUUUUGUAGAUUAUGGUGAUGCAGAAGUGACCAAGCUUCUCAACCACUUCCAUCCAUAUUUAUCUGCUGUUUGUGAAGAAGUGGAAGACUUUGCUGGUGAAGCUUUGAUGGAGUGGGAUGAUCUUAAGUCACAAAUCUAUGCACAGUGGGUCUAA